UCCCCUUUUGAGUGUGAGUCGUCCUUCUUCUACCUUACUUAAAAUCAAGGCAGUUCGCCUUUCAAUCACUUCUAUUCAAGUGGGGAAUACGAGAAUAAUAUUAGUAAGGCAGUUUUCAAGAGUCGACUUUUGAACCAGGUUGAUGAAAAUGGCAUUGUGAAAGUGGACUUUCCCCUUCUCCCCCCCCCCACCUAUGAAUACCACCUGACCCACAUACAUGGAGGGCAAAGAAGUUAUCAGUGACACAGACAGUGGCAUCAUUCUCCACUCUGGCCCUGAUAGUCCUUUCACAAUUAUGAAGGACGUGAUCACUCAUACCCGGGCCGUCAAGCUCAAGCAUCAGUCACUGGAGGACCGGCUAGAGCUCUGCCUACUGGAGCUGAAGAAACUCUGCAUCCGAGAGGCUGAGCUAACUGGUCGGCUGUCUGCAGAUUACCCAGUGUUGCCUGGGGAGAAGCCGCCUCAAAUUCGCCAACGCAUCGGAGCGGCCUUCAAACUAGACGAGCAGAGCAUCCCACAGGGAACAGCGGACUCAGAGCUGAACUCUGUGGAAGCUGAGUUAUCUCUUCAGCUGCAGAUAUACAAAGCGGCCCGAAGACUGUGCCAUGAGGAACACCUCAGCAAGGCGGUGAAGAGAAGCCGGUUACAGCAGUGCAAGCGUGAGGAGAAGAAAGUCAAACAACUGCAGGAGACAGCAUUUCAGCUGUCUUCACCACGGCCAGGCUGCAUCAGCACACGGAGAGAUCAGGGCACUUCUGAUGAUAGCUCUCUGUCCAAUUCGGCGCUGCUCGAUGAAGAAGAGCUGAUCAGUCAGUCAUCUCAACCAUCUGUGGAGGCCCCUCACCCAGGAGGACCAGCAGACCCUCCCCAGCCCCCCCCAGGCCCCUCACACCUCCCUGGGCCUACCCUCCACCAGCCAACCCAUACUACUCCAACUCUGGAGGAGUUACAGUCCAGCUUCAACACCAACCUGGAAUUGGAGCCCCCUCCCAUCGAGCACUCCCCUUGGACUGAGUCUAGUCUGGACCAGCCUUACCAGAAGACCAAGAACAAUUCACACUUGUAUAGCAGCAAGUCAAGUAGUCCAGCCGUGACCCCUGUGUUGCCUCCAGUGGAAGCCUGUUAUGAAGACACUGCUCUGCCUCUGCAGUUCUCCCAUCUCAGACUGUGCCCAAUCCAGUCAAACAGCGCCCCCUCCACCCCAGAGAUGCACCUUCGCCGUCAGAUUUCUCUCAGGCUUCCCAACAGUGAGCCUCCGUUGAACCUGGAUAAGGACCGGGGUCGUACCCGUGUUCCCAGGAGGCUACUGAUGGAUUACGUGGUAACGUCUCCAUGCGAGUCCCCCGUCCAGAGGGGAGGCUACAGAAACCCCAUUUACCACUCCAGCUCUGAGACUGAGGACAGUAACUCUGAACACUCUGCCCCAUCCUACACUAGUUCGCUGUGUCGUGAGAUGCCCUGUGACCUGCCAUGGCAGUGUCAGCCCACCUAUAGGUACCAGUCCAGCCCCAACGACAAUCGUGGACCAAUGGCCUACCCCCCCAGGCCUGGCUUCUACCAAACUCACCAGCACCAGUCCACCCCCAGCUUCCACAGGGGUUACUAUGACCACGGGAUGGUCUACCCUUCAGAGAUGGACAUGGCCAGGCUGUAUCACGGCCCUCCAUCCCCCUGUCACUCCAGCCGAUAUGAGCACUGGUAUGAGGAGGCCCCUGUGCACCCCCAGCGGGCUCUCAUGUCCCUGCCCCCCCACGUCAGACUGUCCCGCGCCCCCUCGCUCAGAGAGUACCCCCACCACCCCUCCAGAGGCUUCCCCCGGCAGGUGGUAAACGAGGAGCUCAAGUCAUGGCACCAGCGCAACCAGUUCAGACCUCACUCCCUGGACCGACAGACUGCGAUCAGGGUGAGGAACGUACCUGGCCGCGAGUCACCUCUCUCCCACCACCACAAGUACCCUGAACAGGCUCCCCAGAGACAGGUCCUCCGGAGGGCAGCGGAUGGGACCCCGGUGCAGUGGUUUGUGGGUGACGAGUCAGAGCUCAUCAGUCAGGUGUAG